GUCUCUUAGGUUAGUUGAUUGGAAUCGUAUAAGUAGAACGUAUAUUGAUCGAUCAUCGAUGCCCCUUUCGAGGAUUCAAUCUACAAGCAUGACUAGUAAUCUUGUUGCUAUUUUGUUCUUCUCAACUAUUAUUGCUAUUUCAAGUGCUCAAACUUCUACACCUAUUGACCGCAUUGGUGUCAAUUAUGGGAAGCUAGGCAACAAUUUGCCUACACCAUUUCACUCCAUAGAGCUCAUUAAGUCCAUGAAGGCUAGCAUGGUCAAGCUCUAUGACGCGGAUCCUGAGACCUUGAAACUGCUAGUCGGAACUGAUCUCCAAGUAUCAAUCAUGGUUCGCAAUGAGGAGAUUAUUGCACUCGCGGCCAAUGAGACCCUGGCUAACCAAUGGGUUCAUGAUAAUGUCUUCGCGUACUACCCUACAACCAUGAUCCGGUACAUCAUGGUUGGAAAUGAAGUCUAUAGUAACCACAAUAUUGAACAAUGGGAUAGCCUAGUCUUAGCCAUGCAACACAUUAGGAACACGUUACAUGCCCAUGAUAUACAUAACAUUAAGGUUGGUACACCCUUAGCCAUGGACAUUUUAGGCUCAACUUUCCCACCAUCCAACGGAACAUUUCGUAUUGAUACAUUAACAACUAUUGUACCUCUCUUACAGUUCCUCAAUAGGACUGGUUCUUACUUUUUUCUAGACGUUUAUCCCUACUUUCCUUGGUCAUCUAAUCCAGACACUAUAGAUUUAAAUUUCACGUUAUUUAAGGGAAACAUUACCUAUGUUGAUCCUACAAGUAACUUAACCUAUACCAAUCUCCUAGACCAAAUGCUAGACUCGGUGUAUUUUGCUAUGUCAAAACUAGGAUUUUCAAACAUACCAAUAUUUAUAGCCGAAACCGGGUGGCCUAACCAAGGUGACCUAGACCAACCCGGUUCAAAUGAAUAUAAUGCAGCUACCUACAACAGGAACCUUAUAAAAAAAAUUGUAACAAACCCACCCAUAGGCACACCGGCUCGACCCGGGACCAUAAUACCCACAUUCUUAUUCUCUUUGUUCAAUGAGAACCUCAAGGAUGGGCCGAAAACCGAGCGGUAUUGGGGCCUUUUGAAGCCCGAUGGAUCACCCGUUUACCCGAUUGACCUGACCGGAAACCGAACUGAUUUUGGGCCCUUGAAAGAGCCCACAAACAACAAUGGCUACAAAGGUAAGUUAUGGUGUGUGGUAGAUAAAAUGGCCAAUAUAACUCAACUUGGGCCUGCAUUAAGGAACACUUGUGGCCUGUUAAAUGGGACCUGUGAAUUAGCUCUUGGGCCUGGAAAACAUUGCUAUGAGCCUGUGUCUGUUGUUUCGCAUGCAAGCUAUGCUUUUAGUGCUUAUUGGGCUAAGUUCAGAAAUUGUGGCGAACCGUGUUACUUUGGUGGGCUGGCCUCUCUCACUACUCGUAACCCAAGUCAUGGUACUUGUCAUUUCCCAAGUGUUUUACUAUGAAGAUCACCAGCAUAGCAGCAAAUGAAGAUUAAUUAGGAUAAAAUUCUUAUUAUUCAAUUAAAGAUUUGUAGUAACUUUAGGAGUAUGGAAAAUUUAAGAAAUUAUCCAUUGAUGAUUUUAUCCUUUCUAGGUUUGGGGAGUAGUAGCGUUAAGAUUAGGAUCAUUGAUUGAAGGUAAAGUUAGCCAAUGUAAUACAUGAGUUAUGAAUAACAUUUUGGGAAAUUCUCAAUGGUGCUCUUGAGGUUUUUCUUUUUCUCAAUGGUAAACAGCAAAAAAACAAAUUAUACUUGGUAAUCAUGAAAUUAUUACAUAAAGUUAUUUAUAACAUUAAUGAUAGUUUUGUAUUAAAAGUUAACUAUGGUUAGGUUUAUUUUAAUUUUUUACAAUUAAAUAAAAGUUUAGAA